UGGGUUGGAGCCGCUGUCCCUGGGUUGGCACGUUCCUUCGUAUUUUUUCCUCAUCCUUUGAUUCGACCCCCCUUCUAAAUUGUGCAGUCAGGCCGCCCGACCGACAAAACAACCGUCUACUCCUUCAUUUUGAUAGUCUCUCAUUUACGUUAAGAUAAAUACUUGUAAAAAGAUGGCGGUGAGCGGGAUGUCAGGGUCGGUUGUCGCCCGGCUCGAGGGCCGAGAAUUUGAGUAUCUGAUGAAGAAGCGCUCGGUCACCAUCGGUCGGAAUUCGUCACAAGGCUCCGUGGACGUCAGUAUGGGCCACUCGAGCUUCAUAUCACGCAGGCACCUCGAGAUUUUCUCUGCCGGCGAGGACGGAACGGGCAGUGGAGAUUUCUACCUUAGAUGCCUCGGCAAAAACGGGGUGUUCGUGGACGGGGUGUUCCAAAGACGAGGGGCACCACCUCUCCAGCUUCCACGCAUGUGCACUUUCCGAUUUCCCAGCACAAAUAUCAAAAUUACGUUCACUGCCUUGUCCAGUGACAAGAGAGACCGCAGGAACACACCGGAGUCUCCUGUGAAGGCUGUCCAACCCCAGAUCUCGCCACUGACGAUCAACAUUCCAGACAACAUCGCCCACCUAAUGAGUCCGCUCCCAUCUCCUACAGGUACAAUCAGUGCUGCCAACUCGUGUCCAUCUAGUCCUCGGGGAGCGGGGCUGUCCAGUUACAAGAUGGGUCGUGGUCUCACAGCUGAGCUCAUCAAUGAAAACUCUCAAUCUGAAAAUGACAAGGAAGCUUCAGAAGGCGACAGUCCAAAAGAUGACUCGAAGCCUCUUUACUCGUAUGCACAGCUUAUCGUUCAGGCCAUCACAAUGGCACCAGACAAACAACUAACACUGAAUGGAAUUUAUACCCACAUUACUAAGAACUAUCCAUAUUACAGGACUGCAGACAAGGGUUGGCAAAACUCAAUUCGCCAUAAUCUGUCCUUAAAUCGUUAUUUCAUCAAAGUGCCCAGAUCUCAAGAGGAGCCUGGCAAAGGCUCUUUCUGGAGAAUAGACCCCUCAUCUGAGGGCAAGCUCAUUGAACAAGCUUUCCGCAAACGCAGGCCACGCGGUGUGCCCUGUUUCAGGACCCCACUUGGCCCCCUUUCAUCAAGGAGUGCCCCUGCAUCUCCUAACCACACAGGGGCACUGUCGGCCCACUCCAGUGGUGUACAGACACCAGAUAGUUUAUCCAGAGAAGGCUCACCUGUUCCUAUGGACCCUGAGCCCACCCCUGUUCCUGCUCCAGUUGUUCAACCUAAAUUAGCAGUAAUACAAGAGGCUUGCUUUGCACAAAAUGCACCGGGUUCACCCCUCAACACCCAGCCAGUUCUCAUCACAGUUCAGCGGCAGCUAUCACAGACCAUGAAACCUGUGACCUACGCCGUAGCCACACCAGUUUCCACUCCCACAUCUCAGCAGCCCGUCAUGCAGACGGUCCAUGUGGUACAUCAGAUCCCCGCUGUUUCCGUUGCCACAAUGACCGGCCUGUCUACAACCAACACACAUGUAGUAGGGACCAAGAUUGUGGGUACUCGGUCUACAACCAUUAAAGUAGAGCCUCAUGAGAAUGGAGAGCACCAAGAGGUGAAAGUGAAAGUGGAGCCGGUGCCUGCUAUUACAACUGCCUGUAUAGGUGGAACAAGUCGCAUUCUUCAAACAACCCAAUCCACCCCCAUACAGACAGUUACCAUAGUGCAACAAGCACCAUUAGGCCAGCAUCAGCUCCCUGUCAAGGCCAUCACACAAAACGGAACCCAUGCCGUUGCUGCUAUCCAAGGAUCAGGAAAUACAGCUAAUCCUCUCCACAUGCUGGCAACCCAUGCCUCCGCCUCAGCAUCCCUGCCAACCAAACGAGUGAACGGAGACCAAGCAGAGCAGCCCGACACUAAAAGGGUCAAGACUGAAGAUGGAGCCGUCACAGCAGAGAGGGACAAGCAGACCACCACUGAUUAGGGUAGCCAUGUCAUGACCUUUCCCUCAACCCUUUUUUGUUUCUGCCCACCUGCUGCCCACCUGCUAUAACACAUCACCUGUUAAUAAACCCAAGGUGCCAAAUAGUGAGGUGAAAUGAGAUGUCAGUGGAUUUCCGAGUGGUACAAUGAUUAGAAUCGUGGUGGAAAUUGUGAGAAAAGAAAUGGACACAUUUUGGAGGAGACAAGAAAGAAGAGAUGCUGUAAUGAAUGAAAGGAAUGGGGUACAGUGGGCCUUUUACAAAAAUGGAUGAAUACUCCGAUAGAUAGAUAUAUAUAUAUCUAUAUAUGUAGAGAGAGAGAUGCAUUAAUAUAGCCUACUUGAAGUUAUUAAAUUAUAUGUAUUUUAGAUCCUACCUGGGUAUAACCCUGAAGAGAACGUCUUCAUCACUAGUACCUCUUGGCUAAACUUGGAUGGAGAAGAGAGCAUGGUGUAUGGGCAAAUAGACAACCCCUUUUGUGUUACCUAAAAACAACUGGCCAAUGACGUAUAUAAAUAUAUAUGUAGCGUACACACGCAUGUGUAUCAGGUGUGUGUUGUCACACUUCCCAUGUUUCCUAGUCAGAGAUCUUGAACAUAUGCAUUAAACUGAAAAAGACAAUAUUCAGACAGGUCAGAUGUAGACUUGCCAAACAACAUUUAAGACUGAUUCAUUCUUCAAAUGUGAACCUGCAAACAAUUUCAGCUUCAAAUACACCCAUGAAAAAAUAUAAUUUUUUCUCUUUGGCAAAGGGAAAUGUGGGGAGAUUUGUUUUCCUGUAUCAUGGCAGCUAGCUACCAUGUCCACCUACUUAAUGCAGUCUUUAGUAGAUUUGCAGUAUUUUGUCGUACAUGUGUACCAUAGGAUCUUAUUUGUGUGUGUUCUGAUGCACAAAUGAUCAACAAAAACAGGCAGUGCUGAAGUGAUGUCAUUUGGCAAUUCUCUUUUUUAUUUUUUUUAUUUUAUUUUUUUUAAGACGUGGACUUGUGGUCAUGGAAAUGAAUGUAGUUUCUUUUUUUUUUUUUUUCAAAAAGAAAAGAAAAA